AUGUAUGAAAUAAUGAAGCAUGUUCAGAGACUUGCAGAUUAUCUUGAUAAGAAUUCAGUUACAGUCAGCAACAGCAGCAGCAGCAAUGAGAAAUUUGAUAACAGUGAUAAUUCUCUUCUCAUCUCUCUCACUGAUACUUCUACUACUGCUGUUGAUUCUUUCUCUUCUUUCUUCUUCAAUCUUUCAACUUCAGUUGAUUCUCUGGCUAUGAGCAGCACUGAAACUCUCAACAUUCUUGAUGAAAAAUUCUCUGAAAUAAAUGUUGAUGUGGAUAUGACAGGAAAUGAUGAUAAUGAUAUAGAGAUGAUUCAGAGAAUCUGGGAGGAAUUACAGGGGAACAUGACAGAUUUUCAAUAG